AUGUUCCUGCUAUUCGCGCUCGGCGGGACAAACGUGGUUAACACCGCACCGCCCGAGGGCGCGAACGCUACAGACUUGAGUGCCAACCCAAGCAAGAUCAUGUACAUUGCUCUGGUCUUUGGCAUGUCGUUGGCUGUCAACGCAUGGGUCUUCUUCCGCAUCAGCGGAGGAUUGUUCAAUCCUGCAGUCACCCUGGGUAUGAUGGUUGUCGGUGCUACAGGCUACUCGCGCGGCAUUUUGAUUAUCGUUUCACAAAUCUUAGGCGGCAUAGCAGCCUCUGGCGUUGUUUCUGCAAUGAUGCCAAAUGUUCUGGCUGUCAAAACGGAGCUGGGUGGCGGCACGACAGUCGUUCAGGGAUUGUUCAUCGAGAUGUUCUUAACUGCCCAACUCGUCUUUACAAUUUUUAUGCUGGCCACCGAGAAGCACGAAGGCACGUUCAUCGCCCCCAUCGGCAUUGGCCUCUCUCUUUUCAUCGCCGAGCUCAUGGGCAUUUUCUACACUGGCGGCAGUGUCAACCCAGCCCGCUCGUUCGGUCCCGCAGUAGUCACUCAAUCAUUCAGCUCAUACCACUGGAUAUACUGGGUUGGCCCUAUUCUUGGGGCUUUGCUGGCAAGCGUAUUUUACAUGUUCAUCAAAGCUCUGGAGUACGAAACAGUCAACAAUGUCGCCGACCCAAAACAGGCUCUUGGCGAAAAGUUCAAUCACCUUAACAAGAAAGAAAAACCUGAUACCCAUGGGCCCGCAGAACCUGAUCGCUCCAUCGACAAAACUGUACCUGGGGCCUCAGGAGAGACUUUUGACCACUCUCCUGACCUGGAGAGCGGAUAUACUGCUCAUCAUUAG